AUGAUGUUGCCGCGGCAGCGCCAGCAUCAGCGCAGAGUGGCGCUGCUGCCGUGCGACAGGGGUCUGCCGGAUGCGCCGCUCUGUGUCGUGAUGGACCUCGACGAGACGCUCGUCACGGCGCGCCGGGAGUGCGUAUACCCACGGCCCCACGUACGGGAGCUCCUCGACACCUGUCAUGCGGAGGGCUGUGAGGUGGUGGUGUGGUCGGCCGGCUCACCGCUGCACGUCAACAACGUCAUUCGCGUCAUUGCGGAAGUGGCGCAGCGGCGUGACUGGUACCACCACAUCAUCAGCCGCCACCGGCGGUGGUACCGCGACGACAAUGAAAUGGUAAAGGAUUUGUCGGCACUCGGGCGGCCACUGAAUCGGGUGCUGCUGCUGGAAAACAGCCCACAACUUAUUCUCCAGCAGCCAGGGCAUGUUGUCCUUGUGGAGGAUUAUGUGCGCCCAACGGUGCACGAUGAUUCGCUUCGUAUCUUUGCUGGUGUUGUGCGGCGUGUCGCUGCAGGCAUGAGGGGUGCCAGCGACGAGGCCACUCCUGACGUUCCUCGCUUACUUGCUGCCGACGCCGCAUUGAUAAACCUGUCGUUUCCUUCCUCACACCCUUCCGCUGCGGAGGGCGUUCUGUGCUGUAGGGGAAUUACAUACUCACCGCAAAAUGUUUUUGCGCUUAGGAGUUACGGUGGGAUGCAUCCGUUACCCGCUGAAAAGAUGAGAGACGCAUAG